GCGAUGGAGGGAGUAAUCGGUCAAGGGGUGAUAAUUUUGCCAAGUUUACUCAUUUCUACAUUGCGCUGUUGUGCCUCGAAGAUGGCAUUAAGCGCAAGUAGGCUUGGCAUCACAUACGCCGUCGUGUCGUUCGUUAUCUACGGCCUGUACCCGCUCUUCUUCAAGCAAAUCCAAACCGUGCCGAGUGUACAAGUCGUGCUGCAUCGGAUCGUGUGGUCGUAUGUCCUCCUGGUUCCGCUCUUCUUUUGGCGAGGCGACUGGGCUAAAUUCAAGGCGACGGCGCUGACCAAGCCCAAGGUCCUGGCGAUUUACUUGACCGCGGCGAUCGCGAUGGGCGGCGCGUGGAUGCUCUUCCUGUGGGGUGUCUUGGCCGGCUACAUCAUCGAAACGUCCCUCGGUUUCUUUAUCAACCCGAUCUUCAACGCGUUGUUAGCUGUCGUCGUGCUCAAGGAGCCACUCCGGCGAUACCAAUUCCUGUCGGUUUUGUUGGCGCUGGCCGGCGUGCUGGUCGUCGCGAUCGCAUACGGCCAGUUUCCGUGGCUAGCGUUGUCGCUAGCUUUCAUCCUGACCAUCUAUUCCUUUAUCAAGAAAACGGCACCGUUGAGCUCGAUCGACGGUGUCACGCUCGAAAUGUCGUUCCUGUUUGUGCCGUCGCUUGUUGCGCUCGUCGUAUUCGACGCUCAGGGCACGGGCGCGUUCCUUCGGCUCGGCUCGCCCUCGACCGACAUCCUGCUCUUCCUCUGCGGCGUUGUGACGGUCGUGCCACUGUUGCUGUUCGCGUCCGCCGCCCCACUCAUGUCGUUUACGCUACUCGGAAUCGUGCAGUACAUCGGCCCCAUCAUGAACUUCCUCAUAGGCGUGUUUGUCUACAAAGAGCCGUUCUCGACGUCGAAACUUGUGGGGUUCAUCCUGAUUUGGCUCGCCCUGACCGCCUUUGCAGUCGAGGGCGUCGUCAUGGCCCGAGUCCUGCGGCACGCCGCGUCCGACGCCCCCACGAACGACUCGAGUCAAUCUGGGGACAUGGACUUGGAUGAUGUGUCCAUCAACCAAAGUAUUGCCGCGACGCCCAAGUCGAACGCAGUUUACACAAGCGUAGACAACGCGGUCGCCAACAAGGCGUAGUGGUGAUGCAGAGCCACGACCAACUGCCUGCCGGUCAAGACAAUUCCUCCUCGGCGUUGACUCGCCUGCCACCAACACACCGUUCGUUCAAAACACCGCCUGAUCGUCCCCCUGCCAAGCUACACGUCACCAGGACAAUGAUCGCCCGUCAUGACGACGCCCAUGGUCUCCACAAUGAGUGUGUAUUAUGCAUCCGAACAACGUCAGUUUACGACCAAACAUUGACAGCCCCUCUCCCCACCACCACUGACUUGCAAGCCCCAUUUCGGAUGAGAAAUUGUACGUUGUACAGUCCGUAGGCAGGAUUGGCGCUCUUGUUCUUCUCUGAAGAGAAACACAUCAUAGAAUUCGAUUUAACAUUUGACGCACAGAUUGCAAUAUUUGAUGAGCGGGUCGCCCACCUUUCCACGAUGU